AUGGAUAAAGAGAAGGAAAUAGAAUCAGAAAGUGUACAACAGGGAGAUAAAGGAAAGAAGGGGGAAGGAGAAGGCGAGAAGAAAGCGAGAGGCAGACCAACGAAGGCGGAAGAGUUAGCCAAAUUAAAAAGAGCGGACAGUACAGGAUCGGUUAAGGAAUUCUUUCAGAAGAGACUGAGGGAGGAAUUGAGGAGAAGCGAGGAGAUAUGGGAAAAUCAAAGAAAGACUCUGGAAGAAAGGAUUAAGAAUUUAGAGGAGAAGGCGGAGAAGAUAGAAGUAAACAUGGCAAUGAAUAAGAAAGAAAAGAAGAAGGAUAAAGAAGGGUUAAGCAUGAUGAACGAGAGAAGGAGGGAAGAGAUACAAGAAAGAAGACAGGAAAGGUCUAAGGAGAUAGAAGAAAGGCGGAACACACCAGAAGAAACCAGAAAGGACGAAGAAAGUAUAAAGGAGGUAGAUGAGGAAAAUAUUAGAGGAAACGGUAUAAGGGAAGUCGAGGGACAAGAGAAAAGAUAUAUAGGAGAAGAGGAAAGAAACGACGGGGAGAGUGAAGAGACAUGGAAAGUGGCCUUUUGGAACGUAGCUGGUUUAUCAAACAAGGAUAAGGACUUCUGGGAAGGGAUAAAGGAAUGGGAUGUGAUUGUGAUGAUGGAGACUUGGACUGAUGAGAAAGGAUGGGAGAAGGUGAAGGAGAAGCUACCGAGAGAAUAUAGAUGGAGAGUACAAAUAGCAGCCAGGAGGAACAAGAAAGGCAGAGCGUGCAGAGACGAGAAACUAGAAGGCCUGAAGGAAAGGACGGAGAAGGGGGAAAAAGGAGUAAGGACCAUAAUAGGAGGUGACUUUAACGCGAGAACGGGAGAGGAAGGAGGAUGGGAAGAGGAAAUCGAGCGAAGAGAGGAAAGAGGGAGGAAGUCCAAAGAUAAGAAGAUAAAUAAAGAAGGCAGGAAGUUACUGGAGUUUAUCGAGGAGAGAGGAUGUAUGAUAUUGAAUGGAGGCACGAAGGGGGACGAGGAGGGAGAAUAUACAUACACAGGGGGAAGAGGUGAAAUAGUCAUAGAUUACAUAAUAGGGGACGAGGAGGUUAGAGAAAAGGUGGAAAGACUGGAAGUAGGAGAAAGGAUAGAUUCGGACCAUCAUCCAUUAAUACUAUAG